CGCCACGAGAAGGAGCAGGUCAAUGAAUGGCAGCAUGGAGCGCUUUUACCCUCUUCUGCUGUUUGCAGGUUUAUUGUGUGUAAAAGGAGCAGUGGGUGUGGAGUCUGUGCAGGUGCAGGAACGAACGUGUCUCAGCUCUGAGUUCAGCUGCUCUAAUGGACAGUGUGUGGAUCACUCCUGGAGAUGUGAUCACACUAAUGACUGUGAAGAUGGCAGUGACGAGGAGAACUGCGAAGAGAACGAGUGUAAGUUGAAUAACGGUGGUUGUUCUCAUCACUGCGUGGAUCAUCCUCUGGGCUUCGUGUGCGAGUGUCCUCCAGGCAUGAGACUGGUUCAGGACACACAGUGUGAAGAGGUGGACCCGUGUCUGAAUGCAGAUGUUUGUGAUCAGGACUGUGUUCAAUCCAACGGUUCUUUUACCUGCGAGUGUGGUAAUGGUUACGUGAAGCUCUCGGCACCUGGGCGCUGCCUGGCUGCAGAUGAUGCAGCAGCAGUGAUCUUCAGCAGCAGUGAGGGAAUCAUGUGGAUGAAGCCUGAUGGCUCUGAGCAGAAAAGAAUCUCUAACAGAACAGGAACAUCAGGAGCUUUAAGUUCUCUCACUGCUGCUAACACACUGUACUGGGCUUACACUGACCACACACACAUUUACAGGCUGGUUCUGGAUGGUUCUGAACCCUCAGUGAUGCUCUCAGGAGUCAGUGGGAUUGUGGGACUGACAGUGGACUGGAUUAAUCAGGUUCUGUACUGGACCAGUACCAGUACUAGAGCUAUUCAUACCAUGGUGCUGAACGGAACCACACACCACGAUCUGAUCACGGGUCUGUCGUCCCCCACAGCCAUCGCCGUCCAGCCUUUAGCAGGUUUCCUGUUUUGGGCCGAUGCUGGAGUUUCUCCCAGAAUCGAGCGCUCAGAUCUGCAUGGACAGAACCGCAAACCAAUCGUCACCUUCGCCAUACUCAACCCUGUCUCCAUCACUAUCGAUGUUCCCCGCAUGCUGCUGUACUGGGCCGACUCGCGCCUGCACACUGUGUCUCGCGUGGCGUACGACGGCCUGCACAGAAAGACAGUGGUGGAAUCGAAUGGUUUCCUAGACCAGCCGUUCGGUCUGGCUGUGUUUGAGAGUGUGGUAUACUGGAGCGACAGGAGUACAGGAGUAAUCUGCCGUGCUGAUAAACACACUGGGAAUCUGCUGAACAUCACUAAAAUCUCUGGAGCGAGUUUUCCUGCAGGUUUACUCCUCUACCACCCGCUCCUGCAGCCUACAGAGAUGACGUCUCGUCUGGUUGAGCCGUCCAGACCAGACUUCACCUCCACCGUCUCCUGGACUCUCUCUCUGUUUGCUUUGCACUGCGUUCUUUUCAUCGCUCUGUUCCGCUACUGGAGGACGAAAACAUUCUCAUCUUCUUUCUCAGGGUUCUCUGAAGAACCCAUGAUGAAGGAGUCACAGGACCCACUCGUACCAUCAGGAGACACCGAGAUACAGGCAGACAGACAAAACACACUUCCUGUUCCUGUGUGAACCAUGAAGUAACUGAAAAAAGCCCAAGAGACCAAGAUGUGUGUGUGUGUGUGUGUGUGUGUGUGUGUGUGUGUGUGUGUGUGUGUGAGGAAGUGACUGUUAUAUCAGAUGUUAAGGUAAAUGAUGUGAAUUGUUUGCAUUAUUAUGGUUCUUGUCCCUCUGAUCUAUACGCAGAUCUUCAGUGACUCAGAUGAAGUCAUUUUCUGGAUGACUCCAGGCACAGAAUGACUCUGUAAAUAUCACAGUUUAAUUUAUUCCUUAUUUCUUUGCCAUCAGCACAUCUGGAUCUGGAUCUGGAUGUUUUCUUCACAUCAGCAUGUUUUUAUUUAUUUUCGUAUUAAAAUGGGAAUCUUUUCUGGA